AUGGCUAUUCAAUGGGCAGCCCAGUUCCUGAGGAAGAUGGCCGACCCCCAGUCCAUCCAGGAAUCGCAGAACCUCUCCAUGUUCCUGGCCAACCACAACCGCAUCACCCAGUGUCUCCACCAGCAGCUGGAGGUGAUCCCGGGCUACGAGGAGCUGCUGGCCGACAUCGUGAACAUCUGCGUGGAUUACUACGAGAACAAGAUGUACCUGACGCCCAGCGAGAAGCACAUGCUGCUCAAGGUGAUGGGCUUCGGCCUCUAUCUGAUGGAUGGGAACGUCAGCAACAUUUACAAGCUGGAUGCCAAGAAGAGAAUCAACCUUAGCAAAAUCGACAAGUUCUUCAAGCAGCUGCAGGUGGUGCCUCUGUUCGGGGACAUGCAGAUCGAGCUGGCCAGAUACAUUAAGACCAGCGCUCACUACGAGGAGAACAAAUCCAAGUGGACCUGCACCCAAAGCAGCAUCAGCCCCCAGUACAACAUCUGCGAGCAGAUGGUGCAGAUCCGGGACGACCACAUCCGCUUCAUCUCCGAGCUGGCCCGCUACAGCAACAGCGAGGUGGUGACCGGCUCGGGGCUGACAAGCCAGAAGUCGGACGAGGAGUACCAGGAGCUCUUUGACCUGGCGCUGCGGGGCCUGCAGCUCCUAUCCAAGUGGAGUGCCCACGUCAUGGAGGUGUACUCUUGGAAGCUGGUUCACCCCACAGACAAGUUCUGCAACAAGGACUGCCCGGGCACGGCGGAGGAAUACGAGAGAGCCACGCGCUACAACUACACCAGUGAGGAGAAGUUCGCCUUCGUGGAGGUAGGCGCCGACCCGGCCCCGAACCCUGGCCACAGGCCACGGCCCUCGGUGCUCCGCCCACCGCGACGAGCAGGCUUCACACCUUGA